GGAGUUAACAACAACCACUGAGAGGAGAAAUAGUGGAAAAGAUAGGCUAAUGUAGGCUACUGUAAAUAUCAAACCAUACUUGGCCGGCCAGUGUUUAGUGGGGACUAGGGAAUGGUUAUCAGCGCGCCUGGAAACGAUGCAACUUUAUAAUGUGCAGUAGUAGCUUUCAAAGUUUAGAGGUCAAGUUUACAGAAGAGAAGCUUGGACGUUGUAAACGCAGAAGACCGUCAUGAUGACGAAUGAGAAUCUGCGGCAGAAACAAUGUUUCCACUCUGCAUCCUAGGAUCAUCAAUUACGCGCGUGUGUAUACGUAUUAUUUCAAGAAUGUGUGUAAUGCAAAAAUAUAAACCAGAGACUAGAGUGCGAGUACCCUAACGACUCUGUCCAAGUGCACUCUAAAAUCAGUAAAAAUGCACGCAGUUACCAGCCUCUCAAUGGUCAGUUUGCUAAGUUUUGGCUACCUAUCCAUGGACUGGAUCAAGCCGAAUCAAGUGGAGGAGCACACUCAAAACGAUGCCUCUAUUACGUUUGAGCCUAAGCAACCACCACACAUUAUAUUCAUACUUACGGAUGACCAAGGCUUCAAUGACAUAGGUUAUCACAACCCGGACAUUCGGACUCCAACUCUGGACAAACUGGCCGCGGAGGGGGUGAAGCUGGAGAAUUACUAUGUUCAACCUAUCUGCACUCCGUCACGCAGUCAGUUGAUCACGGGCAGAUACCAGAUCCACACAGGCCUCCAGCACUCUAUCAUCCGGCCUCGCCAGCCCAACUGCCUCCCUCUGGACAUGACCACGCUCCCACAGCGGCUGCAGGAAGCGGGGUACGCUACUCACAUGGUGGGCAAAUGGCACCUUGGCUUCUACAGGAAGGAGUGUCUGCCCACGCGCCGAGGCUUCCACAGCUACUUUGGCUCUCUGACGGGCAGCGUGGACUACUACACGUAUGGCUCCUGUGACGGACCAGGCCUGUGUGGCUACGACCUCCACGAGGGUGAAACCGUGGCCUGGGGCCGUGGAGGCAAGUUCUCCACCCACCUCUACACGCAGAGGGUACGCAAGAUCCUAUCCACUCACGAUCCGUCCCACCAGCCCCUGUUCAUGUUCCUCUCCCUCCAGGCUGUCCACACGCCCCUUCAGUCACCCAAGGCCUACAUCUACCCCUACCGCGGGAUGGGGAACGUAGCCAGAAGGAAGUACGCAGCCAUGGUGUCCAUCGUCGACGAGGCUGUGCGCAAUGUCACCUACGCUCUGCGCAAGUAUGGCUACUACCGCAACAGUGUGCUCAUCUUCUCCACGGACAACGGUGCCCAGCCGUUCACUGGGGGGAGUAACUGGCCCCUGCGAGGGCGUAAGGGGACCUACUGGGAGGGAGGGGUCCGUGGGGUGGGCUUCGUACACAGCCCCCUGCUGCGUCACAAGCGGAGGGUUUCCAAGGCCCUCUUGCACAUCACUGACUGGUACCCAACCCUGGUUGGUCUGGCUGGGGGUAACGUGUCACAGACUGAAGGUCUUGACGGCUACAAUGUAUGGCCAACUAUCAGUGAGGGCAGGGAGUCCCCACGCCUGGAGAUCCUCCAUAACAUUGACCCACUCCACCGGCGCUCUGGCCUGGCGUCUGGGUCUGGACAGGAGGCCCAGCAUGUGUGGGACACCUCGGUCCAAGCUGCCAUCCGGGUGGGGGACUGGAAGCUGCUAACAGGGGACCCGGGCCAUGGAGACUGGGUCCCACCACAGGUACUGGCCAACUUCCCAGGCAGCUGGUGGAACCUGGAGCGGAACACUGAGGGAACAGGGAAGUCUGUGUGGCUCUUCAACAUCACAGGAGACCCCUAUGAACGCAGUGACAUGGCUGUGCAGAGGCCUGAUGUGGUCAAGAAGCUGCUAGAACGUCUGGCCUACUACAACUGCACUGCCGUCCCUGUUAGGUUCCCCGCCGACGAUCCCCGGGCCAAUCCAGACCGCAACGGGGGGGCCUGGGUACCCUGGGUCGGGGGGGACGAGGACGAGCCGAAAUGGAACGGGGUUUAUAAGAAAGGGAGGAAUAAAAAGAAGAAGAAAUGCAAGCUGUGCAAACUGAGAUCCUUUUUCAAGAAACUGAAUACAAGGAUAAUGUCCAAUAGAAUAUGAGGUGGGAAAGUCGAUGACACUCAGUCACAAGUAGCCUAUACAUUUUACACUGCAAGAGUAAUCUGAGCCAGCAAACACGUUGUGUGUGUGUGACAAUGGAAAAUGAUGUUUACUACACUGCAUCUCUUUGAGUGUGCUGUCAUAUGUUUUUUGGAUGUAGGACUAUUGGGUUCUAUUGUGUUUAUUACAUGUUCUAUUUGAUCCACUUGUAGUGCGUAGCUAAGUGAAUUCAACAAGUUUAUGUUGACCUACUCACUUGGGGUUAUUUCAGCAGUAGUGACAUGAACUGACCUGUUUUUCUUUUCUAUAUUUUUGAAAAUAUCUAAGUAAAGAAACAACUGUUUUAAUUCAACAGAAGCUAAUGGGUGAUUCCUCGUGAAAUUAGAACAAAACAAGCUCAUGAUUUUGGGGAGUUUCAUAUCAUUUAAUCGAUAGAAGAGUCCUUUGGAGGAAGGAUUGUUGACAUGUAUUUGACAUUUGUAUCUUUUUUGGCCUUACCUGGGCCUCCUUUUAAAGCUGCGAUCCGCGCUAGGCAAAACAGAGCCAUUGGCCGCACCAAGCGCAUUUGUUUUGUAAAAAAACAUUUGUAAAUCAAAUCAAAUGUAUUUAUAUAGCCCUUUGUCCAUCAGCUGAUAUCUCAAAGUGCUGUACAGAAACCCAGUAUGAAGGUGUUGCAGCACGUUGGCUAGGAAAAACUCCCUAGAAAGGCCAAAACCUCGGAAGAAACCUAGAGAGGAACCAGGCUAUGAGGGGUGACCAGUCCUCUUCUGGCUGUGCCGGGUGGAGAUUAUAACAGAACAUGGCCAAGAUGUUCAAAUGUUCAUAAAUGACUAGCAUGGUCAAAUAAUAGGUCUGGGACAGGUAGCACAUCCGGUGAACACGUCAGGAUUCCAUAGCCGCAGGCAGAACAGUUGAAACUGGAGCAGCAGCACGGCCAGGUGGACUGGGGACAGCAAGGAGUCAUCAUGCCAGGUAGUCCUGAGGCAUGGUCCUACGGCUCAGGUCCUCCGAGAGAGAGAGAAAGAAAGAGAGAAUUAGAGGAAGCAUACUUAAAUUCACACAGGACACCGGAUAAGACAGGAGAAGUACUCCAGAUAUAAGAAACUGACCCUAGCCCCCCGACACAUAAACUACUGCAGCAUAAAUACUGGAGGCUGAGACAGGAGGGGUCAGGAGAUACUGUGACCCCAUCUGAUGAUACCCCCGGACAGGGCCAAACAGGAAGGAUAUAAGUAGUACAUUCUAUACUUUUCUAUCGCGCGUGCAAUGAUGUGCUGAUGUCUGAGGGAAAAAACAGUGUUCCCUGUUUAAACUUCUUUGCUAUUGUAAUAUUGCAGUUUCACCGUUACCGAUUGCAGCUUUAAGACGCGAUAGUGUUUUACAGAUUUCUCUGUAAUAUGAGUAGUAUUUGGAGUUAAAUAAUAAUUGUCUUACAUUAAUUAAUGCAUUUUGUAAAAUAUAGACAUGUAAAAUGUACCAUUUUUGAUUUGGCAAAUUUUUCUAUUGUUGAACAUAAUAUAUUCAAUGGGCAUAUCUAAGUUCCAGAGUAGGAUCUUUGCUAGUUUUAAAGUAAUGGUCCAUUUUAAAGAGAAAUAUGUGCAUGUUAGGCAGGUUUCCAUUGAAGUUUAUACUACAAAGCAAAAGCUAUGUCGCAAAUAACACUGCAACAUGUGUAAUGGAAACUGCAGCAAUAGAAUAAAUGUUCUAAAGAUCAACAAAAUGUUUAUCCAUUUGACAGGGGUGGGGUUUUUUCUUUUGUUUUUCUUUGUUUAUUGCGGCAAAUUAUGUAACCCGUGUUUUUUCGAAUACAUGAUGAUUGCCGAAUAAUUUCGAAGGUACGUGGGGCUUGGUGAUGUCAUCACAUAACUACAGUGCCUUCAGAAAUGAUUCAUCACAUCCCUUGACUUUAAAAAAUAAAUAAAAAUUGUUACAGCCUGAAUUUAAAAUGGAUCAAAUGUAGAUUUGUUUUGUCACUGGCCUGCACACAAUACCCCAUAAUGUCAAAGUGGAAUUAUGUUUUUUUUUUAGAUGUUUACAAAUAAAGGAAAAAUAAAAUCCCGAAAUGUCUUGAGUCAAUACGUAAUCCUACCCCUUUGUUAUGGCAAACCUAAAUACGUUCAGGUGUAGAAAUUCACAUAAGUUGCAUGUACUCCCUCUGUGUGCAAUAAUAGUGUUUAACAGUGACUAGCUCAUCUCUGCAACCCACACAAACAAUUAUCUGUAAGGUCCCUCAGUCGAGCAGUGAAUUUCAAACAUAGAUUCAACCACAACGACCACUGAGGUUUUCCAGCGUCUAGCAAAAAAGGGCACCUACUGUUUUGUUACAUGGGUAAAAAUACAAAUAUAUAUCCGUUUGACCAUGGUAAAGUUAUUAAUUACAUUUCAUAUUGCUGUAUCAAUACACCCAGUCAAUACAAAGACACAGGCAUCCUUCCUAACUCAAUUGCCAGAGAGGAAGGAAACCGCUCAGGGAUUUCACCAUGAGGCCAAUGGUGACUUUAAAACAGUUACAGAGUUUAACUGUUAUAGGAGAGAAGUUAGAUGCUUCAACAACAUUGUAGUUACUCCACAAUACUAACCUAAUUGAAAGAGUGAAAAGAAGGAAGCCUGUACAGAAUUAAAAUAUUCCAAAACAUGCAUUCUGUUUGCAACAAGGCACUAAAGUAAUACUGCAAAAAAAAAUGGUCUUGAAUACAGGUGUUAUGUUUGGGGCAAAUCCAAUACAACACUUACUGAGUACCACUCUCCAUAUUUUCAAGCAUAGUGGUGGUUGCAUCAUGUUAUGGGUAUGCUUGUAAUUGUUAAGUGGGGAGUUUUUUUCAGGAUACAGAAGAAAUGUAAUGGAGCUAAGCACAGGCAAAAUCUUAGAGUAAAACCUGGCUCGGUCUGCUUCCACUCGACACUGGGAGAUGAAUUCACCUUUCAGCAGGACAAUAACCUAAAACACAAGGCCAAAUCUACACUGGAGUUGCUUAACAAGAAGACAGUGAAUGUUCCUGAGUGGUCUGGUUACAGUUUUGACUUAAAUUGGCUUGAACAUCUAUGGCAAGACUUGAAAAUGCCUGUUUGACAGAGCUUAAAGAAUUUUGAAAAGGAUAAUUGGCAAAUAUUGAACUUUCCAAGUGUGCAAAGUUCUUAGACACUUACCCAGAAAGACUGCCCGCUGUAAUUGCUGCCAAAGGUGAUUCUAAUACGAAUUGAGUCAGGGGUGUGAAUACUUAUGUAAAUGAGAUAUUUCUGUAUUUCAUUUUCAAGAAAUGUGCAAAUAUUUCAAAAAACACAUUGAAACGUUUUCUUUAAGGGGUAUUGUGUGUAGAUGUGUGAUUUAAUCCAUGUUGAUUUCAGGGUGUAAUACAACAAAAUGUGUAAUAAGUCAAGGGGUAUGAAUACUUUCUGAAGGCACUGCAUAAAGCUCAACUCCACAUAUGUAAAUGCCUACUGCUUGCUAAAUCUAUUUUUCAACUAUAUAAAACAACGAAACGUUUCUUUGCAGGACAAGGAUCGUCUUGACUUUCAAGAAUGCCACAAUUGCUUCGCUUGCUUUCCUGGUUGGCUGGAUGCAAGUUACAACAUCCAAUUAUUUCAGAUAUACAGGACUGCAAGUCUCACCUUGGCAAGGACCAUGGCAAUAGGCUCAUUUGACACAUGAGAAGUAUUAGAAUACGGCACAUAUUAGUCUACUCUUGCAUUCUGUCCAUGCUGACUUGUGUGUGCUACCAGAGACACGAAACAAAUAGGUGGGAAGGUAUACAGGCUGUCGCAAAUUGGAUCAUUUGUCUAUAAGUAGCAGAGAUCCACUCCAGAACGUCGAUAUGCAUGUAGAGUGUAUUAUGGUCAACAAUAUAUUGAAGUAUUAGCCAGAUACAUUUUUAAAUUAUUUUUUUCAAUAUUUUUAAAUGUUUGUAAGAAAAUACUACUCAUAUUACAUAGCAAGUGGUGAAGCUUCAUAUGAGACCAUUGUCUGCUUUGUAGCACCUACAGAUGAAACGUUAUGGAGUCUUAACGGACUAAACAGACAUUUAGGUCAGGCCAAAAUAUCACAAACAUUCCAACUUGAAUGAAUUAUUUCCCAAUUAUGCUUUAAGAUACAGACGUCAAUCCUUCCUCCAAAGGACUCUUCUCUGGAUAACCUUUUGUGAAUAUCCACAAAAUCAUGAUCUUGUGUUGUUCUAGUUUUCACACUAAUGUCAUAUUCCUCUUCACUUCUUUGUGAAACUCACAGACAUCCUCACCUUGACAACAGACACAGACCAUUGGUCGCUUCUUAUACAAGGCACUUCCUUGAAUGUACUGAAUGUCAUCCUACACCAGCUGAUAGGCCAAACUGGUCUCAUAGACUAGACGUAACAUAUUAAAUGUCAAUCCGGGACACUGAAAUUAGUAUGAUAUGUUACGUUUGGCAUGGUUAAAUAAGACAGAUGGAUACUUAAGGAAAACUGAAAAGAAAAGUGUUGGUGAAAUGCUUAGUCUUUUCUUAUUAUUGUCUGAUUGCUCUCUUAAUGUCACAACCGUCUGGAAAAAGUUGUUAAGGGGAUGUGUUGAUAGUGUCUUGUCUCCAAUGGAAACCAUUCAACUCUGUAGUUAAAGAUGCACCAUGCAAAAAUAUCUCAGCCAUUUCCUGGUUGAACAGAUCUACCACUUCAAAGCUGCAAUAUGUAACUUUUUGGGAGACAAAACCAAAUUAACAUAGAAAUGUUGUCUAAUUGAAAGCAAGUCUAAGAAGCGGUAGAUAUGUUCUAUGUGCGCUAUUUCUAUGCUUCCUGUUCUUAAGUUUUGUUUUAGCCUCUGUUACUUUGGUUUUGUACACCAGCUUCAAACAGCUGAAAAUACUAUAUUUUUGUUUAUGUAAAAUAUAUUUCACAGCGGUUUAGAUGGUACAAAGAUUCUCUACACUACACUUGCUUGUUUUGUCACAUAAACUGAAAUUAGGUGAACUAUUAUAAUUUUAGCAACCAGGAAAUGGCAGAGUGAUUUCUGCAUAGUGCGUCUUUAAUGAUUUAUUCAGAAGUCUACCAAGAAAGUACUGUAAGCGGAGCUCUUAGCAGUGAAUUUAAACACAAAGGUCUGUCUGGCCCUUGUAGCCUUUUCCUGCAGUCAAAUUACCUAGUGUCCUCAUGGGUGGAAUGUUAUUAAUAUUUUUCAUAAUUUCAUAAUCAACUUUUUUUUUUAAACACAGAUAAUCUGGUGUUUCUAUGUCAAACAGUUUUGUUAUAUUCUUCUGUAAUGUAUAUAAAGUGUAAUAUUGGGAAGCAAACUCAAAAUGGAAUAUAUUUCAACUCUAUAUCUGA